GAAAAUCUUCGAACAACAUCUUCGAAAUAUUCUGACACCUGUCACAUAAUUUUUAUCGAAUUUUCUUGCACCCUGUCACAGUUUGUCAGUUUUUUUCGUGCAAAGUACCCCGCAGCUUUAAAACACUCUCCCGAAAAUGCGUCUAACUUCGAUUUUGAAAGGCCAACAUUUUGGCAAUUUGUACAAAAUCAACGGCAUUGUCACCUACAAACUAUCGCCAUUCGAACAAAAGGCAUUCGCUGGAGCCAUUAGCAAAGGUGUCCCCAACAUGGUCCGCAGGUUUAGGUCCAAUGUUUUCAUUGUAACACCACCCUUCAUUGCUGGUUACCUUGUUUACAACAUGGCCGAGAAGGAACAUGCCCGUUUGGCCCGCAAGGACCCAGCUGAGUUUGCCAAUGACGAAUAAAGGAUCUAUAGAUUGUAACCGGGCGUAUUUAUUCCUUUUGUUAUGUAAAUAGAAAUGAAUGUUGUACGAUUUAAAAUGAUCGUUCAAUAAAAAAAAAACAUUUGGAACACCAUUUUAGUUUAUUUGCUUUCAGUUUUUACAAAUUCAUAAAUUUCAGAGUUUCAACAUGUUGUGAAAUUGUUUUUGUUUAGGGUUUACUUGUAUUUUUCUAUUUCGACUGUUUUCAUUCUGUUAAGGAUUAAACUUUCAAAAGCAAAUCACUUCCACUUUGGACAUCUAUUAUAUCCUUUUAAUUAUUAGAAAUAGUCGCGUUCAUAUGGAGUGAAUAAAUAAUAGGCCGUAUUACCACUUUU